AUGGAGACGGAAAAGAGCCCAGUUCCCAACGUCAUUGUCGACGAGUUGGCCCAACAGGCAAAGCUCGCUAAUGACGUGGAGCACCAGUCGACGGUCUGGCAAGCCAUCAAGGGAAACUUCUGGGCCAUCUUUUGGUCGCUGAUGGUCUCCAUGUGCGUAGUCAUGGAGGGAUACGACACAAUCCUUCUAGGCAACUUCUACGCCUACCCCCAAUUCGCGAAAAAGUUCGGCACCUUCAUCCCUAGUGAUAAUAGCUACCAGCUCACUGCCGCAUGGCAAGCGGGGCUCUCAAACGGGUCCGGCGUAGGUGCCUUUUUUGGCGCGAUCAUGAACGGUGCUCUCGUCGACAGGUUCGGCCAGAAGCCAGUGCUGCUGUCGUCUCUCGUCUCCCUCAGCGGUUUUCUCUUCAUCGUCUUCUUCGCAACAAACAAGCCCACCCUCCUAGUGGGAGAAAUUCUCUGCGGCUUCCCAUGGGGCGUGUUCGCUACCACAGGCCCCGCGUAUGCCUCGGAAGUCUUGCCUAUGGCCCUCCGACCCUAUCUCACUAGCUGGACGAACAUGUGUUUUAUUAUCGGGCAACUCAUAGCCGCCGGCGUGCUAGCUGGCCUUGUCGGUGUUGACAGUGAAUGGUCAUACAGAGUGCCGUUUGCAUUGCAAUGGGUUUGGCCAGCAUUUUUGAUCCCGAUUCUCUUCUUCGCGCCUGAAUCCCCGUGGCAUCUCGUGCGCAAGGGUCGGCUGGACGACGCUCGGAAGUCAUUGGAACGCCUGCAGAACCCCCGUGCGACGGUGAGCGUGGACGCCACGCUCGCGCUGAUGGUGCUCACCAACAAGGACGAGCAGGAGGAACUCCAGGUUGAGACCUCGUACUGGCAGUUGUUCCGGGGGGUUGACCGUCGUCGGACGGAAAUUGCUUGCAUCAGCUUUGCCGGCCAGAUUACGUCCGGACUUGUCUUCGCCUACAACUCCGUCUACUUCUUCCAGCAGGUAGGCUUGUCCACAAAACAGACCUAUGACCUUAAUGUUGGGGGCAACGCACUCGCGCUCUUGGGCACGAUUGUUAGUUGGGUGGCUGUGAUGCCGUACCUUGGCCGCCGGACUAUCUACCUCUGGGGUAUGUUGACCAUGUCGAUCAUCCUGUACAUUAUUGGUAUCCUCAAUGUGUGGACGACGCAUAGCUCUGUCGGUUUGGCUCAGGCUGUGCUCACUUUGAUCUGGACCUUUGUUUUCCAACUUUCUGUCGGCCAGCUAGGCUGGUCCCUCCCCGCCGAGGUUGGCUCAACGCGCUUGCGCCAGAAGACAGUCGUAGUCGCGCGAGAUACCUACUACAUCACGAGCGUCAUAUCCUCUGUUCUCAACCCGUACUUACUCAACCCUACUGCGUGGAACGUCAAGGGUUAUACGGGAUUCGUAUAUGGGACUACUUCCCUCCUAACCUUUAUUUGGGCGUUUUUCCGCCUCCCUGAGACGCGAAACCGGACCUUCGAGGAGUUGAACCAGCUCUUCUCCAAGAAAAUCCCUGCUCGGCAUUUCCAGGAGUACGAAGUCAAUGUGUUUGAGACUGAGUCUAGCGACAAGCAAACCGUGCUUCACAUAGGAUAA